AUGGAGUCCUGGAACUCCACAUUGGGAGAUGCCUUCAUCUUGGUGGGGAUUCUAGAUAACAGUGGCUCUCCUGAACUGCUCUGUGCUAUAAUCACAGCCCUGUACAUGUUGGCUAUGAUCAGCAAUGGGCUGCUGUUGCUGGUCAUCACCAUGGAUGCACAGCUCCACGUACCCAUGUACCUUCUGCUUGGACAGCUCUCUCUCAUAGACUUCUUUGUCACAUCAAUUAUUAUCCCCAAGGCUGUUAUGGAUUUUCUGCUAAAAGACAACACCAUAUCAUUAGAGGGUUGUGCCCUUCAGAUGUUCCUAGCACUGACACUUGGUGGUGCAGAAGACCUCCUUCUGGCCUUCAUGGCCUAUGACAGGUAUGUGGCUAUUUGUCAUCCUCUCAACUAUAUGAUUUUCAUGAGACCAAGCAUCUGCUGGCUUGGAGUAGCCACAUCAUGGAUCCUGGGACUCCUGAGUGCUCUAGGAUAUACCAUCCACACAAUGCAAUAUCCCUUCUGCAAAUCCCAUAAGAUCAGAGAUCUAUAUUGUGAAAUCCCUUCAUUGCUGAAGCUGGCUUGUGCAGACACCUCCAAAUAUGAACUCAUGGUUUAUGUAAUGGGUGUGGCCUUCCUAAUUCCCCCACUUGCUGCCAUCCUGGCUUCCUACAUAUUAAUUCUUUUCACAGUGCUCAACAAGCCUUCAAAUGAAGGAAGGAAAAAAGCACUUGUCACCUGUUUUUCUCACUUGACAGUUGUUGGUCUGUACUAUGGGGCUCUCACAGUUAUGUAUCUCCUACCUAGUUCCUAUCUUAGUCCCAAACAAGAGAACCUCCUCUCUGUUUUCUACACUGUUGUCACCCCAACUCUAAACCCCCUCAUUUACAGCCUGAGGAAUAAAGAGGUCACUGGGGCCUUGAGGAGGGUCUUGGGUAAGUGGUUUCUGCCUACACAGUCUACUUUUUAG